UCUGCCCUGCGAACUGUGUAUCAUGUGAGUCCAACACCGCUUGUACCCGUUGCAAAGAAUCUAAGUAUGGAGAAAUCUGCCAUUUAUCUUGCAAUGACGAGUGUACAGAUAAAUUGUGCAAUAUCAAAGGAGUAUGUUAUAAUUGUUCUUCGGUAUCUGCUUUUGGUAGUUACUGCAAUUUAACAUGCAAUCAUGAGUGUUAUUUGUCUUCAUGUGAUAGAUACACAGGUGCCUGUAAAAGCUGUAAAAAUAACUCAGUGUUUGGAAUGUUUUGUAAUGAAACAUGUAGUCCGUAUUGUCUUGGUAACGAAUGUAAACGAGCGAGUGGCGUCUGCUUAAACGGAUGCAGUGACGGUUACUUUGGAACUAAAUGUGAUCAGGAGUGUUCUCAAGGAUGUCGAAAUAGUUCAGGAACAAUAUGUGAUCUAGAAGGUACAUGUCUUGGAGGAUGCACUGAAGGAUACCUUGGCCAAAGAUGCUUUUCAGACGGCCGUAACCAGCAAACUGAAGAAACUCACUCUGGUUCUGUGAUCGGUGGAGCGGUUGGUGGUGUGCUUGGCGUUUGUGCUGUCGUAGCGCUAGUGGUGGUUGUCCUGGUAUUGAAGAAAAAAGGGAUUAUUUGGAAGGAGAGCAAGAAGACGUAUGAGGAUAUAUCACCAGGAAGAAGCCAAGAUGAACCCUACACAACAUUGGCAUCUGCGAGCACGACCGAGUACGAAAUACCCGAUUCGGAGCCAAGGUCCGAGCUGACCAUCGAAGGUGAAGACAACAGGGUGUAUUACAAUGAUGAGAGGGCCUACUACAAGAAUGUCGGGGGAAAUGUUCAUAAAACAUGAACACAAACAGAUAGAGCACAUGUGUUUAUAGUAUUUUUCCACCGGUGUAUAUGUUCACAACCGCUUACUUAUUGUAUCAGCGCUAUGUUUGGUUUAGAUUUAACUGCAUUACGAGGUAAUCCAUGUACACUGCACAAAUUAUAAAAAUGUUUCGAGUCAUUAAAAACAAAUUGUAGGUCUACACGAACGUACCUCAUGCUAUGUGUUUUUUUCAUGCAAAAAAGUCUCAUAGUCUCAUGCUUCUGUAAUGGGCAGAGUUAUGGGGACUAAAUGAAAAUGCAAAGUAUUGAAGCUGUACAUGUUAAUGCUUGAACAAGAUAUCUGAUGGUCCUCCUAGUGGUUGUAUUAAUGCAGUUUUAGCUGACUUAGUCAGAAACCCUAUUAAAAUGAUAUGUUGUUUACUAUGAUAACAUUGGUUUUUGA